AUGUUCUCUAUCAAGACCCUAUCCACUGUCCUUUUGGCCUCCGUCGCUGCCACCGUCUCGGCCGCUCCCACCAGCACCACCGGCACCCAGACCCCGUCUCGCACGACCCAUCUCACGGGCGUCACUCACUCCGUCGUUGCCGGCCUGGGCGGUCUCCGCUUCGACCCGGACAACGUCGUCGCUGAGAUCGGCGAUACCGUCGAGUGGCACUUCCUUCCUCGCAACCACUCGGUCGCCCAGUCCAAUUUCGCCGACCCCUGCACCCCUUUCGCCGAUGGCACUUCCUUCUUCUCGGGCUUCAACUUCUUCACCCCCGAGGGACAAGCCUCCGACGUAUUCCAAGUCGUCGUUGAGGACAAGAAGCCAAUCUGGUACUACUGCGCUCAAAAUGUCGGUCAGCACUGCCAUUCUGGCAUGGUUGGCGUGAUCAACCAGAACUUCGACAGCCCUGACUUCACUCUCGCCAAGCACAAGGAACUGGCUGCCAAGAAGGGGGAUGCCAUCGUUCCUCCCGUCCAGCAGGGUGGUUAUGUCAUUCCCAACCCCAACCCUCUCGGAGGCUUCAAGCUCUAA